AUGAUAGGAAAAGUAGGAAACGAAUGGGAGUGUUUCAAGUUUAAUGUGCCUCGAAAAAGUCAAAUCGAUGGUUGUUCCAAUCGAGUGGAAGAGAGAUAGAUGCGGCGCAAGCGUACAAUGAGCGUAACGGGAUAAUGUGCGUAACGGGACAAUGCGCGUAACGGGACAAUGCGCGUAACGGGACACAUUUUGGUGCAUGCAGCCGGCGUUCAUCGAUUUAUUAGACGUUGUCACGUCAAAAAGUUUGGGGUUUGCAUUAUUGGCUGUCGUAGUCCUAUGCUCAGUAGAGAUGUGGAGGGCACAGAUAUUCGCGUGGCCAAAGAGGUUCAACGUGGACAUUCAGCGGGAGGUUUCACGUCUCCACGUGCACUGUUGGCCGGUGCGCGCGCGUGUGUGUGCAGGCUCGCGGCGGCGGCCCGGAGACCACGAGUACUCGCGGCCGGGGCUCACCAUCUCGGGCGCCAUCUCGCUGGCGGUGCGCGAGGCCAACCAGGGCGAGCUGGCGGCGCGCGGCCACAGCCUGUCCUUCGCCGUGGCCGAGACCUGCGGCGAGGAGCUGGCCAGCGUCAGGCACACCGCCGCGCUCUGGGCCGCCAACGUGUCCGCCUACAUCGGGCCGCAGGAGACGUGCGUGCACGAGGCGCGCAUGGCGGCCGCCUUCAACCUGCCCAUGAUAUCCUACUUCUGCACGCACCACGCGACCUCGGACAAGCGGCUGUACCCCACGUUCGCCCGCACGCGUCCCGCCGAGACGCAGAUCUCCAAGUCCGUGGUGUCGGUGCUGCUCGCCUUCAACUGGACCCAGGUGGCGCUGUUCUACCUGAAUACAGACGAGAUGGACAAGGUGGCGCUGACCAUCGCGUCCGUCAUGGAGAGGUCGGGCGUGGCGGUGCGCUUCCGGCGCUGGUGGUCCAAGCCCUACAUCCACGGCUACGAGGAGAACCCCUUCGUGCAGAUGGUGGAGGACACCUUCCGGGACGUGCGCGUAUACGUGGUGAUAGGCUAUUACUACGAACACGUGGGACUCAUGGUCGCCAUGGAAGAGAAGAAUCUGUUUGACAAAGGCGAGUACUGGGUGGUGGGCGUGGACGUGGAGCAGUACGACCAGGCGGACCCGGCCAAGUACCUGCGCGGGCUGCUGCACCGCCGGGCGACCCCUGGGGCGGGCAAAGCCUUCCGCAACUACCUGGGCGUGGCGGCCACGCCGCAGGCCGGCUUCGACAACUUCACGGAGCUGGUCAACCACUACAUGCAGCUGCCGCCCUUCAACUACCCCAACCCGCUCGACCACAUCGGCCGCAGCAAGAAGAUCCGCGCCGAGGCGGCCUACCUGUACGACGCCGUGCUGCUGUACGCCGCGGCGCUGGUCGAGGUGCUGGACUCCGGCGGGGACCCGCGAGACGGCAGCGCCCUCGUCGCCCGCGUGCGCGGCAGGAACUACCGCAGCGUCAUGGGGUACCUGGUGUACAUGGACGAGAACGGCGACGCCGAGGGCAACUACACGCUGCUGGCGCGCCAGCCCCACCACUUCCUGGCCGAGGAGUACGGGCUGUACCCCGUGGGCACCUUCGCCAGGCCGGGCGACAGGAGCCUGCUGCCGGCGCUGCGGCUGACGGGGGUCAUCGACUGGCCCGUCGGGAGACCCCCGGUGGCGGAGCCCCGCUGCGGCUUCCGCGGGGAGAAGUGCAUCACGCACACGGCGGAGAUAGCGGCGGGCGUGGCAGGGGCCGUCCUGCUGGCGCUAGCCGCGGCGCUGCUGGUGCUGUACCGCAACUGGCGCUACGAGCAGGAGCUGGACAGCCUGCUGUGGAAGGUGGACUACCGCGACAUCCAGGUCAGCGACGAGCACGCCGCCUCGCUCGGCUCCAAGAUCUCGCGGGCCACCCACCCGCUGAUAAGGACCAGCCAGGUGUCGCUCAGCUCGAACCCGGACGCCGAAUUCCGCUACUCCACGAUAUACACAAACAUAGGCAUCUACAAGGGCCGGGUGCUGGCCAUCAAGAAAGUCCCCAAGAAGUCUGUUGACAUCACGAGGGCCAUGAAGAAGGAACUGAAAAUGAUGCGGGACCUGCGGCAUGACAACCUUAAUGCUUUCAUAGGCGCUUGCACGGAUCCGCCCAACAUUUGUAUAGUAACGGAGUACUGCACUAGAGGCAGUCUUAAGGACAUCCUGGAAAAUGAAGAUGUCAAACUUGACAACAUGUUCGUUGCUUCCCUCGUUGGAGACAUUAUUAGAGGCAUGCUCUACCUGCACGACUCCCCGGUGAGGUUCCACGGCAGCCUCAAGACGUCCAACUGCCUGGUGGACUCGCGCUGGGUGGUCAAGCUCGCCGACUUCGGCCUGCACGAGUUCAAGCGAGCCGACGGCGCAGAGGCGGCCGCUGCGCUGCUGGCGGACCAAGACAGCUCCGACGCCGCCGGGAAGUGCGAAGGCCUGCUGUACCGGGCGCCCGAGCUGCUGCGCGCGGCCAUGCUGGAGCCGCCGGCGGGGGCGACGACUCCAGCGCCCGUGGACGCGCGCGGCUCGCAGAAGGGCGACGUGUACUCGUUCGGCGUCAUCCUGUACGAGCUCCACGCGCGGCACGGGCCCUUCGGCGAGCAAGGGCUGUCGCCGGCGGAGGUGCUGCACCGCGUCAUGAACCCUCGUCCUGGCGAGGAGCCCUUCAGGCCGCCGCUGGAGCUGCUGGAGAACAGCUUCGACUUCGUGCGCGACUGCCUGCUGGAGUGCUGGGCCGAGGACCCGGACAGCAGGCCCGACUUCAAGGCCGUGCGGACCAAGCUCAGGCCCUUGCGGAAGGGCAUGAAGCCCAACAUAUUUGACAACAUGAUGGCGAUGAUGGAAAAAUACGCCAACAACCUGGAGGCCUUGGUGGACGAGAGAACCGAUCAGCUGCAGGAAGAGAAGAAAAAGACAGAUGCCUUGUUGUACGAGAUGCUGCCCCGCUGCGUGGCGGAGCAACUCAAGAAAGGAAACAAGGUCGAAGCUGAAAGUUUCGACUGUGUCACAAUCUACUUUAGCGACAUCGUCGGCUUCACUGCAAUGUCUGCAGAAAGCACGCCUCUUCAAGUGGUGGAUUUUCUGAAUGACCUUUACACUUGUUUUGACUCCAUUAUCGAAAACUAUGACGUUUACAAAGUGGAGACUAUUGGUGAUGCCUACAUGGUUGUGAGCGGGUUGCCGGCUCGCAACGGCAGCCAGCACGCCGGGGAGGUCGCCUCCAUGUCACUGCACCUGCUGGAGGCCAUCAAGAGGUUCCGCAUCCGCCACCGGCCACGCGACAACCUCAUGCUGCGGAUCGGCAUCCACUCGGGUCCGGUGUGCGCCGGCGUGGUGGGACUGAAGAUGCCUCGCUACUGCUUGUUCGGCGACACGGUCAACACCGCCAGCAGGAUGGAGUCCACCGGCUCAGCGCUGCGGAUCCACUGCAGCUCCGAGUGCGCGGCGCUGCUGCGGCGGCUGGGCGGCUACCAGCUGGCGGAGCGCGGGCUGGUGCCCCUGAAGGGCAAGGGCGACCGGCUGACCUACUGGCUGCAGGGCGAGGAGGCGGGCUGGCGCGCCAGGAGGGCGGAGCAGCGCGCCCUUCGCCGCGCCGCCGCCGAGGGCCGCCCCAGCCGCCAGCAGAGGGACUCCAACGGCUACCCGUGCCGCAGCUCGCUCAAGGCCAAGGGGGGCGGCGGCGGCGGCCCGCCGGCGCGCAGUCCGCUGGGCCGCUGCGCCAGCCUCGAGUCGCCCAAGCGGCUGCGCUUCGCCAGCGCCACCAGGUGCAGCCACGACCCUCUGCUGGAGGCGAUCGCCGACAACAGCCCCAGGAAGUCGCUGAGCGGCCAGCUGGACGCGCCGCCGCCGCCUCCGCCGGGCGGCCUGGAGGCGGGCGCCGCCGCCGCCGCCGCCGCCAUGCGCAAGAACAGCAGCUCGUGCCCGUGCAUGGAGCACCUGGCCGCGCCGGCUGACGGCCUGGCGGCGCCCCUGUCGGCUCCAGGCAGCCCCGUCCCGCGCGCCGCCCGCGGAGACGGCAUCGACGACGAAGACGCCGGCGCGCCGCUGCUGGCAGAGGGCGCCGAGACGCCCGUCUAGCGGCCGCCAGCUAGGAUUCCGGUAUCGCCAAAGGAGGAAUUUGAAUAACUGGAAAAAUGCCAAAAUAUAGAAUUUGUAAUGACAAAGUUUAUUUUGUAUAAAAUCUCAAGGCUCGUGUUACUAGUAUUAGUGUUGCCAAAGAAAGGAUUGUAAUAAGUCAUAAUUUAUUGUAUGAAUAUUUUUAUCUAAUGAAAUUAAACAUUAUAACUGAAAUAUGGAAAUCUUUAAGUAUUACGAUAAUAACUGCUAGUCAUAAUUUCCAAAAUAACUUAUCAUGGUUUUACUGGCGGUGGUAUGAUAUUUAUGUUAAAAUAAUGAGGCAAAUAUGUAUUUUUAAGUCAUGUUAUAUUCAUAUUUUUAUAUCUGAGAGUUUAUGCUAAUUGGAAUUCUUCCAGGCUUGAAAUUUUUAAUUUUUUUUUC